AUGACGUCAAGCGAGCGGUGGAAUUUGUGAUUGUGGCUUGCUUUGCGUCUGGCUGGUAGCCAUAUUGAAUUAAAUAUUGUUCGCGAUGCGUUGAGUGGCUCAACCGUGGAAGUUUUCUCAUUUAUUUUGCGUUUUGUGAACGUCUAAAUAUUGUGACUUUCGUCUAUAUCUUGUGCAGAGUGGAGUUAUUCAGUGAUCUGACUGACUAAAGUCUCUAAUUUCGUUGUGAUAGUGGUUCGUCGUACUGAGCUUUCAUGAUUGGAUUACCGCGUAGCGAUAGAGAUAGAGAUCGAAUAACGGUGAAAAUUCGUAACAUGAAGAGAAGUUCGUCAAGGGAUAGUAUGCCGCGAUCGAAAAGGACACGCAGUAGUAUAGGCAGAUAUGACGACAGCUCCGAUGAGCGCGUCACUCCCGAGCGGGUGCGCCGCCGGGUGCGCUCGCCGAGCCCCCGGGGGCGAUACGUGUCACCGCAUCGCGACGACUAUGUUCGAUCCCGUGACGUCAGAGAAGAUUCUGUUCGCCCCUAUUACAAAGUACUGUGCGUGAGUGCACUGCACCCAAAAGCUUCUGAUGAAAUAGUCAAGGAUACCUUGUACAGAGAAUACAAAAAGUUUGGUGAUUUUAGCAUCAAGAUUUCUCACGAAUUGGACGAGAGAGUUGCAUAUGUUUGCUUCCGUAGUGCUGAAGACGCGAGAGACGCCAAACAUGCUAAACCCAGAAUUAUAUUGUAUGAUAAAGUAGCUAUUGUUGACCCUGUUUAUGAGCCAGUUCGUGCUGAAUACAGAAGCAGACCCAGGAGCAUUACCCCGCCUGACUAUGAGCGUCCCUAUUCCUAUGCUUGGUCCCCAGUGCCUGAGAGACGUAGACCACCACCAGAUGAUAGGGCUUAUGGUAUUCCCCCAACAGUACCACCUCACCAUAGAGAUUUUCGUCCUCCUAUGCAUGAAUAUCCAAUGGCUGGGCCUCAUGGUCCCCCAAUGCACCAUAGACCACCAAUGCAUCAUCCACCUCAUCCUCAUUAUAUGCCCCGUCCAUACAUGCCCCGUCCUCAUCAUCCUCCAUUUGAGAAAAUUGAGAAUAAAAAAGACAAGUUUCCUAACUAUUUACACCAUGUUCAGCCAGAAGAUGAUCCACUGGCUACUAGAACUCUCUUUGCUGGCAACUUGGAAAUCAACAUUUCAGAUGAAGAGCUCCGCCGCAUCUUUGGCCGUUAUGGCAUUGUAGAAGAUAUUGAUAUCAAAAGACCACCACCAGGCACAGGGAAUGCUUUUGCAUUUGUUCGCUAUCAAACUUUGGACAUGGCUCAUAGGGCUAAAGUAGAACUUUCUGGUCAAUAUAUUGGCAAAUUCCAAUGUAAAAUAGGAUAUGGUAAGGCUACUCCUACUACUCGGGUAUGGGUUGGUGGCCUCGGCCCCUGGACAUCCGUUGCCCAAUUGGAGAGGGAAUUUGAUAGGUUUGGAGCCAUUAAAAAAAUUGAAUAUGCUAAAGGGGAACCUCAUGCAUACAUUUUGUAUGACUCGAUUGAUGCAGCUCAAGCUGCUGUCAAAGAGAUGAGAGGGUUCCCUCUUGGUGGUCCGGAGCGGCGUUUACGCAUUGAUUUCGCUGAUGUUGGCACUGGGGGCCCAUAUAGGCCAAAGCCUUAUGCACCCCCUGUUGGGGAAGAUGGUAGACCUGUAGAAGGCUAUGAAGGUUACGAGGGUUGGGAAGAGGGUUAUGGCACUUAUGGUACACCUGGAUACAGGGGUAGAGGUGGUCGCGGUCGAGGCAGAGGAAUGUACAGAGGAGUAUAUCACGGCUCGGGUGAUUAUCGCGACGAAGAGUGGAGGCGUGCACCAGCGGAUGCCGAAUAUGAAGGAAGAGUGCGUCGCUCUGGGUCACGGGAACCGGGUGUGGAUCGUUCUCGCUCACGUACACCGCGCCGCCGGUCACCUGACAGUGACUCAGAUGGUUCACCUCGUCGUGGUGGUGGCAUGCUGGCCUCAGCACGUACAUUGCCAGAAGUUGUCCGCAAAGCUACAACCAUGUGGAAUGGAGCCCUCAUCUUAAAGAAUUCCCUAUUCCCAACUAAGUUCCACCUGACAGAUGGUGAUUCAGAGAUUAUUGACAGUUUGAUGAAAGAUGAAGAUGGUAAAAAUCAGUUGAGAAUAACACAAAGACUGCGUUUGGAUCAACCAAAACUAGAUGAUGUUCAGAAACGCAUUGCUACAUCCAGUUCACACGCCAUUUUCUUAGGUGUGGCAGGGUCAACAGCAUCCAUUACAAAUGAAGAUGCAAGCAUUCAGACUAGACCGAUGAGGAACCUGGUAUCCUAUUUAAAACAAAAGGAGGCUGCUGGUGUUAUUUCUCUCCUUAACAAAGAGACAGAAGCUACAGGUGUGCUGUACUCAUUCCCACCCUGUGAAUUUUCCACUGAACUUCUGAAGCGGACAUGUCACAAUCUCACUGAGGAGAGCCUAAAGGAAGACCAUUUGGUAAUAGUAGUAGUGAGGGGUGGGUCAGCCUAGUAUGAGGCCCUGAGCUCCCAAGCUGGACCGGUGGCAAUCUAGCACUAGAGUUCAAAGGGAGCCAGUAAUGGUGUUGGUGACGGGUGAUUCUACCUACUAUGAACAGAUUUAUUAGACUUACAUAUUUUCAGUUUACCUAACUAAUCUAAGUUCUCUUUUCCUUGUCAUCAGAGAUAUAUUAAUUAACAUUAUUAUGUAUAGUUGUGAUGUGUAGUGAUGUGAGGUGUUUGUAAAGUUAGUUCUGUGACAGUUUCACAUUACUUGUGCAAGUGCUGUGUUAGCCUUGUAGUGACAGCAAUAAUAUUGUUAUUGCUAAUAUGUAGAUGGAAGAUAGUUUUGCUAGAAUUCAGCAAAUAUUUUUUUUUGAACAAUUUUUAAGUGUAUAUUUAUUAUGAUAAAAGUUAUAGUGUAUACUUAUUCAGUGUAUGUUAGGUGAUGUGUAGUGUAAGUGUGUGAACUUGCAAAUAGAAUAUUUCAUCUUA